AUGGAUUUUGGAUGCACAGGUACGAUCCGGCAAAACAGACUAGAAAAAUGUCCUCUAAAUAAAUCUGCAAUGAAGAAAUCGCAUAGGGGUUCUAUGGACUCAUACGUUAAUUCAACUAAAGAAGUUAUUGUUAUGCAAUGGAAAGAUAACUCCAUAGUCCAUGUUGCUUCAAACUGCUUUGGCUUGCAGCCCACAAAAGCAGCACGCCGUUAUUCUGCUGCUGACAAAAAAUAUAUUAUGGUAGAGAUGCCUCAUGCUAUUCAGCAGUACAAUACUAAUAUGGGUGGUACAGAUUUAAUGGAUAGAAAUAUUUCUAAUUAUCGCCCGCAACUGCGUAAUAAUAAAUGGUGGUGGCAAGUUUUUAUACAUCUUUUAUGCGCUUCGGUCUCUAAUGCUUGGAUCUUAUACAGAAUCUCAAAAGAUGAGAAAAAAAAGAAAUCUAGUGCUGAUGAAUUCAUGGACAGUUCUCGUUCUCUUGAUUUACUUGACUUUAUCAGAUACAUUGUAUCAACAUAUUUACUUCUGAGUCCCAGAGCACAAAGACAAGACGGAGCUAUAUUUCUAAAGGUUCCUGAGGCAGUCUCCAACAAUAUGUCUGUUUUGCACUACCCAAACUCCAUGAAACAAAAUAGAUGGAAAGUUUGCAAAAAAAUACUACAUUUGGUUGUGGAACGAAGAGUGGUUACAAGUAUUGAACAAAAUCUGUCUGUGCCUCGAUAUAAUUCUAAUCUUUAUAGGAAAAAUAACAGAGAUGUAUCGAAAAAAAGAAACAACGACACCGGGACCAUCAUGGGUAUGGAAGUGACGUGGUUUGUCGUUUUGUUAAUCAGUACCUUAUUAGUACUCUUAGUAAUGAUAGUGGCUGUGUCAAUUUGUAUAUGUCGGAGGGGUUGGCACAACGGUAGAGGUAUCCAACAGCAGAACGCUUCUUACUCACUACAGCAGAUGUACGGGUCUAACGGCGCCAUGAAGCAGGCCAUGGGCGGUAUCGGAGGCGGGGGCAGCACGACGACGCUACCGCGGACCACUGGCGGCUCGCCCACUGCCGGUAACCAAAAUCAACUGUCGGGAAACUGGCGCCGCCCUGCGGGCCCGUUAGGGUUCCUCAGCACGCUGGUCCGGGCCCGCCUCUACUGCAGCCGGGCAAAGUGA